CUAGCAUUUUAACCAAUGGCCGGGCCGGCCACGCAACCCUACCAACGACCAGCAUAGUACGGCUGCACCCCGCCAAGUCGCCACUGGACCAUCUAUCAUGCCCUCGAGCCAGACUCGGACGAAGCUCAAGAAGUUCCAAUUCAUCGAGGGGGCGCCUGCCCCUCAAACCAUGGCACGCAUCGACUCGGAAAAAGAAAAUACGGCUGCGCGGAAGGAGCCCAGGGCUGCCGCUGCGAAACAGCGUGUCGAUUCACACCAAACCACAGCCACAGAAGCCGCUGAGCAAGCGGCACGAACGCCGAGACCGGCAAAGGCGAACACAAAAUCAUGUCCACCUCCAUCGACACCUGGGACUAGGCUCCCGCUUGCCGAGCUCGUUGGUAACGUUGACGAUUCCAGUCGACAUGUCGUCAAGGCCGUUGUGUCGCCAGAAGAACAGCUGUGCUGGCGUGGUUCGCAGCAGAUAAAUACGCCUCUUCCACGCAAGCGGAAACGUGCACGAAGCUCCUCGCCGGCGGCGCCCUCCCCAGAAGAUCAUCAGGUACAACAUCAGGACGCGAGACAGCUCACCACCCCUCAGGCCAAUCCCGCCACCGAAUUGUGGAAUCAGUACACGAACAACAAGGGAACGCCGAGCGGACACAAGAACAUCGCAUUCGCGCAUCUCAUUAGCGAAGCCUCGCCGCGAUCCUCUGCGAACGCCGGGAGCGUGAGUGGUCUUCGUCGGUGGGCCAGCUGCGGUGUUGAGUUCCCAGCAUCUACCAAGAAAAGGAGACGGACGCAAGCAUCAAUUGGUGUUUUCAAGGAACACGCUGAGGAUCCAGCGGACCAACCAAGCUCCGAUGGAAACUUUCAAGGGCCACCGAGGGGCAAGACCAACCUGGCAGAAAUGCUUGAAAAGAUGCGCGACUCGAUGGCGAAGCCGGUUCAGAGAAUGGGAUCACAGGCUCCAUCCAGCUCUUCGCCCCUGCCGGCCGCCGAGCGCUUGGAAAUACCAGCGGAUUCACCCUUGCGACGUCUCGGACGGGCAGACUUCGAAGAUGAAGAAACAUCCGACACCCUUGUUGAGGAUGCUGUUGCUGCGACGAAAGCUGAAGACGAGGAAGAUGAGUUUGGGUCUCAUAGAACCUCGGGUUCUUCCGACGAAUUCGGAGAUGUUGACUUCGAUGAUGAUAUGGCGGAUGUCCUUGAGAUCUCGGGCCAGACUGCAACCGCACAGCAGGCACAGAUUCUUCAUCCACCUGAACAGGUACAAAUACCCUCGCAAGCAGCUCCUCGUGAGCAUUCUGGCCCUCCUGUAUUGGAGCCAACAGAUAGCGAUGAUGAGUUUGGAUUGGACGAGGACAUGUUUGCAGAAGAUCUUGAGCAUGUAGCAUCGCUUUACGAUGCUAGGGCUGAGCGGACACCAGAGCAGCAGGCGUCCGGUGUGAACGCAACAGAGAACAGGCAAUUAGGGAGUGAGGCUUCGCUUGCACCUGCGCCCCCAGUCAUCAACCUGGUUGAUGACGACGAUGACGAUGAUUUUGGCGAUGAUAUAGACGUUGACGAGUUUGCGGUAGCCGAGGUGGCAGCAUCACAAGCACCCGCGACGAAUGUAUGUAGACCACGAACAUAUUAAUGAAUGAAUGCUGAAUCUUGAAGAGUGCACAGGACACUAGAGCUAUCCAGCGCUACCUAAUAAAGCGUGUAGAUGAAGGCCACUACAAGACUGAAAAGGGCUAUCAAAUGCCCGAGAAGGUGCGGUUGUCUAC